CACGCGUGGAAAUAUAGAUGCAGAUGGUGGAAUAGCGAGAAAUCCUUCGCGCGCAUCUCUGACGCGGCACUAGUAUUUUUAGCAGACGCGGCGAAAUAGCGGACCGAUUUGAUUAGAUUUUUUUUCACGCGCAAGAUCGGGCCGAAUUUUGCGCACAUUUCACCGGAGCGCCGAUCGGCAGGAAUGAGUAUAGAAAUCCCCGAGGGCUUGACGGAGCUUUUGCAGAGCUUUACCGUGGAGGUCCUGAGGAAUCAGCCCGGGGAUCUGCUGGAGUUCGCCCUGCAGUACUUCACCCGGAUCAAGGAGAACGAGACCCGCGGCGGCGCGUUCGGCAAUGAGCACAAUUCGGCCGGGCGAACUGGCAAAGCCGUCAACUUCAUCGAGGAGGCCAUGCAGAUCGACUCUGAGAACGGAGAGGAAGACGACGAUGAUGAAGAAUUCGUAGCUCCUGUAAUCAACAGAUUUGUCCGGAGAGCUUCUGUGUGUGCAGAGUCGUAUAACCCUGAUGAGGAUGAAGAGGAGAGGGAACCGAGGGUCACUUACCCUAAAACAGACGAGCAGAGGCAAAGACUACAGGAAGCCUGCAAAGACAUCAUACUGUUCAAAAACCUGGACCAGGAACAGAUGUCCGAAUUGUUGGAUGCCAUGUUUGAGAAGGUAGUUGUGACUGGGGUGCGCAUUAUCGAUCAAGACGACGAUGGCGACAACUUUUACGUCAUUGAGAGAGGGACGUUUGAUAUUCUGUUGAAUGUGGAGGGCACUACGCGGACCGUGGGAUGUUAUGAUAACCGAGGGAGUUUUGGAGAGCUCGCCCUCAUGUAUAACACCCCAAGGGCGGCCACCAUCAUUGCUACCUCAUCUGGAGCCCUGUGGUGCCUAGAUCGAUUGACAUUCAGAAGGAUCAUUGUAAAAAACAAUGCGAAGAAAAGAAAAAUGUACGAGGCAUUUAUUGGGACCCUUCCACUGCUCACGUCACUGGAGGUUUCAGAGAGAAUGAAAGUUGUUGAUGUUUUGUCGACCAAAGUAUACAAGAAUGGGGAACAGAUCAUCGCUCAGGGUGAUUUGGCUGAUUGCUUCUACAUCGUAGAGUCAGGACACGUCAGGAUUGCUAUGAAGAGAAGCAAAUCAAAAAAUAAUACUGAGGAUGAAGAAGUGGAGAUCGCCAUGUGCUCUAGGGGGCAGUAUUUUGGAGAGUUGGCUCUCGUCACUAACAAACCACGGGCAGCAUCUGCAUAUGCUGUGGACAACGUCAAAUGCUUAGCAAUGGACGUGCAGGCAUUUGAGAGGUUAUUAGGCCCCUGCAUGGACAUCAUGAAACGGAACAUUGCGAAUUACGAAGAGCAGCUGAUCACACUCUUCGGGAGUCAAAUCGCAAUACAGGAGCCGAAUGCAUGAAAUCAGUUAUUCGAUAAACAUCACAAACUAAAAAUGCAACAUGAAACGAUGAGAAAAUAGUAUGUAGAGGCCUGUGGUCAAGAAAUCAUAUUAACAUAGGUCAUACGCUUGAAGUUAUUGUUUUGCAUUCACGGAUGAAACUCUGAUGUUCAUGAUUUUUAGAUGUGAAAAAGCCAAAUAUGUCAAUGUUUGUGUCUGGGAUACUCAAGGUUUAUGAGGGUUUUUCACGAGGCUUUGGGGUCAUAUUUGAAAUUUAGUACAGUGUUUAUCCAGAUCCGUUGUUGUUUUUUAACACGGUUAGUGUUUGAUUCACAUGUUACAGAGACAAUGGCUGCGGUUUUUAAACGUGACAGGACUUGCAGGACUGCGUCAUUGUCAUAUACAGCUCCUACACAGUAAUGGGAUUUUCAGUCAUCUAUCUUAAAGUUAUACUUUUGAAUUCUGAUCUACAGUCAUCUGUGUUUUCAGUGUCACAUAUUAUUCAUUUUCGACAUGUCUACCAUUUUUUGACGAACAAAAAAGUAAUUUAUGAAUUUAGCACCUGCAGUUUGGAAGAACUUCACAAAUUGCAUCUCAUUCACAAUGAAUACAAGGUAAAUAAUUCCGUUUAGCUAUUUAGAGCCCAAAAUUGUCCCCAUUUACUUUUUGUGCAUGAUUCAUCAGAGAACAUUAAUCCAAAAGAGAAAAAAAAUGUGAACCUACUUAGAGGACAGGGCACAUGUCACGAUGACACAAGAAUAUUUACCAUGGUUUUACUACAGUAACCAUAUUUUAACCAUGAUAUUUGUUGUGAAACCAUAGUGAUAAUACAGGAAAAAGAAAACUAUAGUAAUAUAAAUCAUCAUUUUGCAGUUAUUAUGGUUUAACUAUACAAAUUUUGUUUUUUCCAGUUUCGGUAGAAAUAAUUUUUCUAUAGUAAUAUUGUAGUAACCAUGAAAAGUAACCAUCAUUUUACAACAGGUAUUUCUAAUAAAACCAUAAUAAAACAAAAUUAUGGAUUUAUUACCAUAAUUUUUAUUUUACUGUAUUAUUACAACAGUAUUACUAUGAAUAUCAAUGUUAAAAUAUGGUUACUAUAGUAAAACCACAUUCAAUUUUAAUGCAAGUGCACAGAAAACUUUUGCGAGAGGCACACAAAUCUAUUGCGAGGGAACACAAAACUAUUGCGAGGGAACGCAAAACUAUUGCGAGAGGAACGCAAAACUAUUGCGAGGGAACACAAAUCUAUUGCGAGGGAACGCAAAACUACUGCGAGGGAACGCAAAACUAUUGGGAGGGAACACAAAACUAUUGCGAGAGGCACGCAAAACUAUUGUGAGAGGAACGCAAAACUAUUGGGAUGGAAAGCAAAACUAUUGCGAGAGGCACGCAAAACUAUUGCGAGAGGAACGCAAAACUAUUGGGAUGGAAAGCAAAACUAUUGCGAGAGGAACGCAAAACUAUUGCCAGAGGAACGCAAAACUAUUGCGAGAGGAACGCAAAACUAUUGCGAGGGAACGCAAAACUAUUGCGAGAGGAACGCAAAACUAUUGAGAUGGAAAGCAAAACUAUUGCCAGAGGAACGCAAAACUAUUGCGAGGGAACGCAAAACUAUUGAGAUGGAAAGCAAAACUAUUGCGAGGGAACACAAAACUAUUGCGAGAGGAACGCAAAACUAUUGAGAUGGAAAGCAAAACUAUUGCCAGAGGAACGCAAAACUAUUGCCAGAGGAACGCAAAACUAUUGCGAGAGGAACGCAAAACUAUUGAGAUGGAAAGCAAAACUAUUGUGAGGGAACGCAAAACUAUUGCCAGGGAACGCAAAACUAUUGGGAGAGGAAUGCAAAACUAUUGGGAGGGAACGCAAAACUAUUGUGAGGGAACGCAAAACUAUUGCGAGAGGAACGCAAAACUAUUGUGAGGGAACGCAAAACUAUUGCGAGAGGAACGCAAAACUAUUGCGAGGGAACGCAAAACUAUUGGGAGAGGAAUGCAAAACUAUUGCGAGGGAACGCAAAACUAUUGGGAGAGGAAUGCAAAACUAUUGCGAGGGAACGCAAAACUAUUGGGAGAGGAAUGCAAAACUAUUGCGAGGGAACGCAAAACUAUUGCGAGGGAACGCAAAACUAUUGGGAGAGGAACGCAAAACUAUUGCGAGGGAACGCAAAACUACUGCGAGGGAACGCAAAACUAUUGAGAUGGAAAGCAAAACUAUUGCGAGAGGAACUCAAAACUAUUGCGAGAGGAACGCAAAACUAUUGUGAGGGAACGCAAAACUAUUGGGAGAGGAAUGCAAAACUAUUGGGAGGGAACGCAAAACUAUUGGGAGAGGAAUGCAAAACUAUUGGGAGGGAACGCAAAACUAUUGUGAGGGAACGCAAAACUAUUGGGAGAGGAAUGCAAAACUAUUGGGAGGGAACGCAAAACUAUUGUGAGGGAACGCAAAACUAUUGGGAGAGGAAUGCAAAACUAUUGCGAGGGAACGCAAAACUAUGGGAGAGGAAUGCAAAACUAUUGGGAGGGAACGCAAAACUAUUGUGAGGGAACGCAAAACUAUUGUGAGGGAACGCAAAACUAUUGGGAGAGGAAUGCAAAACUAUUGCGAGGGAACGCAAAACUAUUGGGAGAGGAACGCAAAACUAUUGGGAGAGGAAUGCAAAACUAUUGCGAGGGAACGCAAAACUAUUGGGAGAGGAAUGCAAAACUAUUGUGAGGGAACGCAAAACUAUUGGGAGAGGAAUGCAAAACUAUUGCGAGGGAACGCAAAACUAUUGGGAGAGGAAUGCAAAACUAUUGUGAGGGAACGCAAAACUAUUGGGAGAGGAAUGCAAAACUAUUGUGAGGGAACGCAAAACUAUUGGGAGGGAACGCAAAACUAUUGGGAGGGAACGCAAAACUAUUGUGAGGGAACGCAAAACUAUUGGGAGAGGAAUGCAAAACUAUUGCGAGGGAACGCAAAACUAUUGGGAGAGGAAUGCAAAACUAUUGCGAGGGAACGCAAAACUAUUGGGAGAGGAAUGCAAAACUAUUGGGAGAGGAAUGCAAAACUAUUGCGAGGGAACGCAAAACUAUUGGGAGAGGAACGCAAAACUAUUGCGAGGGAACGCAAAACUAUUGGGAGAGGAACGCAAAACUACUGCGAGGGAACGCAAAACUAUUGCGAGGGAGAAAUAGUUUUGUUAUGUUCCACCCACUUUUAACAAUCCAAUCAAUUCCCAAUGGAUAAAAUCAAGUCCCAUCCUACAUUUGUUUUUUUAAUUGAAUACCCUGUUUCACUCUGAAAUACGUCUGAUAAUGGAAGUAAAAUGGGUUGCGAACGGUGCUUGACGUUGACUUAGUACAAUAUAUGCGUUAGUAUACUUUACAACCAUGUAACAAAUUGCUUGGGAAUACAGUAUGAAAAGGGACAUAUACAUGCAAAGGACAAAUAUAUGAAAGAAGAAAUUGAAAUACAGUUUGAAUAUUAUUGCACUUUGAUGCCAGUGUAACGAAAAAGGCCUGAUUUAUGGUUGCACAGCUCUAAAUGUUUUCAACUCUUAAAUGCUCCUUACUGUUACUUCUGGAUAUAGACAUUGUGUUUACUUUUUUAAAUGGUGUAGCACAUUUAUAUGAGUUGACUGAUUGAUGCACCUUUCAAAAUUGAGAUUUGUGUGUGUGUGUGUGUGUGUGUGUGUGUGUGUGUGUGUGUGUGUGUGUGUGUGUGUGUGUGUGUGUUUAACUAAAGUAUUUCACACAGAAUUCGGAAAUAUUUGACAUGCACAAACAAUAUGUUCACAUGUUUUCUAAAAGCCAAACUCAAAAAGUUAAAGAGCAUUUUCUUUCUUAAUGUGCAUAUUUUUUCAUUUAUCUUUAUUAUUUAUUUCUGCGAUAUUUAGACAAUGUCUUUCUCUCUCUGCUAUUUUCUGAGAAGUUUCUCCUCUUUGUUGAUUGGAUGUUUUUUUGCUUCAACGGCAAGUCACAAGCAUUUAAGUAAUAUCCAUUUCUUCCUAGAAUAUAAGAAGAAAUUACCAUCACUACAUUCAUUACUGUCUACCUCUAAUAUUAACAACUUCAUCAACUCUUCCCAUGUUGAUCCCAACAGGUUUGUUGCUUGUUAACUAACCUGUAGUGAGUCCCUAUACCGCAUCUGUCUAUGUAACAUUACACCACCCUGUUCUCUAAAAAAAAAAAGAUUUUAAUUUGCAAACAAUGUUCAUUUUUAUUGUGUGAAUUUCUGCCGCCUAUUUGAGAUAUUAAGUCACUAAUGGUUUUUAUGUCCUGAAAAAUGAAUCAAAGGUCUACAGUCUCUCAGUGCAAGAGAGCCCAGUAUUAUACACUCAGUAAUAUUUGACUUUCCAUUCAAAUAAAGAACAAUUUUGUAUUUAAAAAC